AUGAAUGCUGUGACAGUGGGUUUGGACAAUAGUGGCUCUCCUUGCAAGGACAGUCCUGUGGAGAAAAAAGGCUCCCAGUCCAUUCCUUCUGGACUGGAGUCCACAGGACUUGACCUCAGUGAGAAGACACUGGACUGUGAGAGCUCUGACAAAACCACAGAAGCCACAUCUCCAGCAGAUGCUAAAAACAGCUUAACUUUUGAUAUGGAUGAAAAGCCAAGUCCUGAGUGUUCAGGCGCUGAGGACUUGAAAGAGAUAAUGUCCUCAGAGAAAACCAAACGGGAUGCUGUGGAGGAAACCGUCCUGAUAGAGCAAGACAAAGAUGUUCCCAAAAUAAAGGAGGAUGAUGGACUGAAGAAGGAAGAGGAGGCUGCUCAAACAGAAACUGAGACUCCACCUGAGGAAGAUCCUGAGAGCCAGGAGGAGACUGAAAUCACAAACAAGCAAGCCUCGGAUGGAGAGGCCAGCGAUGGAACUGGAACUGAAGAAAAUGACAGUCAAGGGAACAGUGAAGAAGAUCUGUACAGAGGAGCUGAGCAGCUGUCUCCAUCACAAAUUUUAGAGGUGGAGGACAACUGCAGCUUGUCUCCUGCUGUGGAUAUUCUGUCUUACAGCAAGAGAGAGUGGAAAGGAAAUACAGCCAAAAGUGCUCUCAUUAAAAAGGGAUAUAAAGAAAUGUCCCAGAAGUUUGACGGCGUGAGGAGGGUAAGGGGGGACAAUUACUGCGCCCUCAGAGCCACGUUGUUCCAGGUGUUGUCCCAAAGCACCGCGGUGCCUGUGUGGCUGCAAGAGGACAAUGUUAUCAUGCUGCCGGAGCAGCUGGAGGCUCAGGAAGGACUGGUAAGCCAGUGGAGAUUUCCUGGAGUGUGUGUGCAGCAAGACGGCUCCGGAGGAGACGCCACUCAGCAGCUGAAGGGCUACGUAGAGCGACUUCGAAACACAUGGCAGGCAGCAGUGGACUGUCCCUCGUCUGUGGAAAGACAGAAACUGUGUGAGCGGGUGUUUCAGGGUGGAGAGGAGGAGCUCGGGCUGCUGGAGGCACUCAAGCUGCUGAUGCUGGGCCAAGCGGUGGAGCUGCACAGCUGCAUGCUGGGAGGUGGAGACGUCCCUUUGUUCUGCUGGCUGCUGUUUGCUCGGGACUCGUCCGACUGUCCACGUUCUUUCCUCUUCAACCACCUCAGGCAUGUGGGCCUCAGCGCCGGGCUGGAGCAGGUUGAGAUGUUCCUGCUAGGCUACACCCUACAGCACACCAUUCAAGUUUACAGACUGUACCAGGCGAACACGGAGGAGUUCAUCACCUUCUACCCCGACGAUCACAAGGACGACUGGCCGUCCGUGUGUCUCGUCACGGAGGAUGAUCGCCACUACAACGUUCCAGUUGUAGACGCUGGAGAGCCCAAGGAGCUCGCCUCCAGCUGAUUGAUGCUGCAGGGAACCCUCCUGUUUGACAAACACCCCUCAGGUUGAUCCACACAAUAGAUUUAUGCCAACUGAAGGAGGAGUUUUGGGAAAAAUGCUUCCAAAAUGUUAGACGUGUAGAUUGUGCCAUCUCUGUCUUUGCAGCUUGGAUCAAGCUUAGCUUAAGGUUAUAGUUUGGAUUUUUUUUUUUUUUGAAGUUCUGAGAAAUAGUUAUCAGUAGUUUGUACCUUACCUGGAGUAGGUAGAGUCUCAGUAAGCUGAGUUUUUAGAAACUGGGAUAGAAUCUUAUAUAAGAAUCAAACUAACAGCAGCUGAGGCUUGUCAUUUUGCUGAUAUUAUUCGAAACUACAAGACCAUAUAAAUGACUCAAGAUAACUUGUCUUGUUCUGGGGAGAUAAGACGGUACAGUAUAGCCAAAACAUACAGAGAAGGAACUGUUCAGACGUUAAUGGAGUCUGGCAUUGAAGGAUGGUUCUGGGCACACACAGUUUUUGUAUUAACGUAGGCGUUCAGUUCAAAAAACAAGGUCAUUAAAAAUGUGACAAUUUAAAGACGUUUAAAAUGUUUUGCUUGGAAGUUGUUUGGUUGAAAUU